UAAAAGCUCACCAGAACCCUAAAUGAAAUCGACUUAAUUAUAUCCUCUCUUUUUUGAAUCCUUGACGCUCCUCUCUUCCACUUCCAGAUCCAAAAUCCAAACUCGGUUGUCCUCCUGUGACGCAUUCAGCGAAGGCGGCUGGAGUUUGAAGAAGGGAGCAUUGCAUUUAAGCUCAGAUCGGCGGCAUCCUCCCUUCUUCUGCCAGUCGAGAUCCUCGGCUUAUGGGAAGAAGUCUCAGUCCGUUGCUCCGGCAGGAGCUAGCCAACCUCGACAAGGACGCAGAUAGCCGCAGAUCCGCCAUGAAAGCUCUUAAAACCUACGCCAAAGAUUUGGACUCCAAAGCUAUCCCGCACUUCCUCGCGGAAGUCUCAGACACCAAUAGUGCACCUUCCGUUGAGUGUACAAUCUCCCUCUAUGAAGUUCUUGCUAGAGUCCAUGGCAAAAACAUCGUUCCUCAGAUAGAUAACAUCAUGUCCACCAUCAUGCACACCCUAUCCUCCAGUGGAGGAUCUUUUCCUCUCCACCAGGCCUGCUCCAAGGUAGUCCCUGCAAUCGCCCGGUAUGGAAUCGAUCCGUCAAUGCAGGAAAAUGAGAAGACGAGGAUAAUCUCCUCGCUUUGCAAGCCUCUUUCUGAUGCUGUGAUGGGCACGCAAGAGAGUCUUGCAUCAGGGGCUGCACUCUGCUUGAAAGCCCUUGUUGAAUCAGGAAAUUGGAGGUUUGCAUCAGAUGAGUUGGUGAAUGAGGUCUGCUUGAAAGUCGCGGGGGCUCUGGAAGAGAAGGCGACCCAAACCAAUGCCCAUAUGGGUUUGGUGAUGGCCUUGGCAAAGCACAAUGGCUUGAUCGCUGAGGCUUUUGCGAGAUCGCUUGUCCGAUCUGGCUUGCAGAUAUUAGCGACUGGUGCUUCUGAAAGCAACUCCCAGAGGCGCCUCUCUGCAAUUCAAAUGAUCAACUUCUUGAUGAAGUGUGUCGAUCCCAGAAGCAUUGCCUCAGAGGUAUUUAGGAUAAUUGAUGUCAUGGAUAAAUGCCAAGCUGAUGACAAGAUGCCAUUUGUGAGGGGAGCAGCAUUUGAGGCGCUCCAGACCGCAAAGGCACUGGGCUCGCAGAAGGGAUCGAGACAUGAGAUAAGUUCGAGUCCACUGGUCGGCUCCAACUUCCAUAGGAGAAACGCGAAGAGUCCUUUAAGAUCAAGAAAUUUCUCUCCUGUUCGAUUUUGUUCCCCAGAGUCUCAGACUAUUGAGUCUUGUGUCACCAAUGAUGCAUUUGCUGAUUCACCUGCUUCAGUUUUUCAAGCUCCUUGUGAAAUUGCACAUAACGGAAGGCGUGCUUCAAGGAGGCUGUGGAGCCAUGAUGACUGUGCUGUGGAUGUUUCGUUGAAGGAUGGCUUGUUCUUAAAAUCUUGUUCACGUACCGACAGCAAAUUCACUGAUUUUGAUGAGAGCUUUAAAGGUAAGCCAAGUGAUCAAAUUGACGAAAUUUCAGGAGAUUUCUCUGGGUUUAUGCAAGUCAGUGAGUCCAACUUAGCACGAGAAGAUACCACUCCACCAAAUCCUCAGAGGUCCAGGCCACAGCUCACGAUAGAUGAGAUCAAAAUAUACUCAACACCAAGAAAGCUCAUUAGAUCUCUUCAGGAAUCUACUGGUAAUAAGUCUGAGUGUACUAAUAGUCUAAACAAUGGCGUGCUAGUUCAUCAGUCAUCAAAUGAGGUUGAAUGGAAACAAACAGAUAUUGUUGGCAGCGAUAGUCAGUCUCAAAAUGUUACUGCCAACAGCCAUGGAAGAAGAUUUGAGAAUGAGGGUCAGUUGGGGAUGCUGAACAAUAUCAAGGACAGUAAAGAAGGGCAAGAUGGCAGUGAAUCAGUUUCAUCUACUGCUGAUGUCCUUGAAAGCAGCAUGUGUGUAGUGUUACAUGGAGAUCAGAAUAUAUUAACUACGAACAAUAGAAGAGCAAAGUAUGGUACUACAAUGCUAGGAUUUCUUUCGGGUGCAUUUGUGGUAAUUAUAGCAAUGAUCUUUUUAUUGAUGAUGACCGAGAAUGAUGAGCCUCCCUAUGGCUUGGUUCCUACUUGACACAUGUUAAUCUAUAGCUUAGUUUGGUUCGUAGGUUGUUAUCAUGCACUUCCAUUUUGCUGCCCGUUUAGAGUAAUUGUUUGGUUGGAGUGUUUAUGCAAUGUGGGCUGAUUAACAUUGCGUUUUCUAUGAGUUACAUCAAAUUGCAUUUAUGAAGUCAGUGUACUUUGACUUUGAGAUAAAUUGGAUAUCUAAACUCACGUUAUGAUAUU